GGAGUUUCGCGGCUGCUCUAUUGGGAGUGACAGUUGUUGGGAAGGCUUGAGUUUCAAAUACGCCCAUCGCCAUGGAUGACACCGUCGGAGCCUCAGACAAUGAAAAGAUCAAAAUCAUCAGUGGUUUCAUGGGACUGUGCCCUCCGGGCGAGUUCAACGAGGUUUUCAAUGAUUGCAGGGUCCUGGUCGGCAAUGAUGAGCUCCUCAAGAAGGCUGCCUCAAGCACAAUCGCUGAAUAUCAUAUGGAUCAGCUGACGCCGUGUACCAUUGGAGGCUUCCCGGAUAAAAGUCUCGUCACGCACUUCAAUGCGUUACCCGAUAGCAGAUAUUACGACCCUCGUCAGAGAGUGUCCUUCCGAUUCGACCACUACAAGCGGGAAGCGAUGGAUCCACAACCCAUGGAAUCCAGCCAAACCGACACUGCCGCUCUUAGAGCUUCCUUAGAUGAAUUCUGGUCCACGUACUGCCUGGCGCAUUACAAACACGGAGUUUCGGCAGUUUUUGACCAAAGCGAUAACGAGAAGCAAGAGUUCGUUCUUUGCAUCGAGGAUCACCAGUUUCAGAGCCAUAAUUAUUGGAACGGUCGGUGGCGUGGUGUCUGGACAGUCAGUCUUCAAGAGGGCCGAGCCGCGAUCAAAGGCACAAUCAAGGUUCAGGUGCACUAUUACGAAGAUGGCAACGUGCAAUUACAAGCGACCAAGAACGAAGACUUGACCGUCAAUGUCGAAAAUGACAACGUGGCGUUAGCACAGUGUGUCGUGAAUGCGAUUCGCGAUGCUGAAGGCAAAUACCAGGACUCGAUAAACGAAAACUACAAGUGGAUGAACGACAAAACUUUCAAAGCUCUACGACGGAAUUUACCUUUGACGAGAUCGAAAAUUGACUGGCAAAAAAUCCUCAGCUACAGGGUUGCUUCGGAAAUCAGUAACAAGCAACAAUAACUGGGGAUUCACACGUUUGAUUGAGCAAACAUUUCAAGACACAGCCGAUUUCUUCAUAUGAUAUACAAAAAAAACGAGAACAGUGUCUACCGCGACGUACAUUUCUAUGAAAAUGCAAAAGAAAAAU